AUGACUUCGAAUAUAGUUGAAUUUCCUUUACUUAAUCCAUGGCAACAUUUUACUAUAUAUGGUACACAUAAUAGAUAUAUUGUUGUCGCCAUGAACAAAAAUCGAUCGAAAUGUCGUAUUCUAAAAAUUGAUCGUAUGGAUCAAAAAGAACUCAGCAUAACUGAAGAUCAACAUGAAUAUUCACAUGGUGAACUACGUCAACUUCUUGGUACCAUUGAAGUAAGCAAUAGUCGGGUUGGCGGAUUUAGCAAAACGAUUCAUUGCCAUGGUAUUAUCGGUUUUAUUAAAUUUCUCGAAGGCUACUAUAUGAUUGUAAUUACACGACGCAGUCAAGUAGCACGUAUAGGUUAUCAUAGAAUAUAUAAAAUCGAAGAGACAGCAAUGCUAAGUAUUACAAAUGAAGAUAUAAAAAAAGUUCAUCCAGAUGAAACUAAAUAUCUCCGUGCAUUGCAAAACCUUGAUUUAACCAAUGGAUUUUAUUUUAGUUAUACAUAUGAUUUAACGCAUACAUUACAGUAUAAUUUUAUGGAACAAAAUAAUGUAAAUAGUGAUAGUUUGAAUGAAAAUUUUUGUUGGGGUACACGUUAUCAACCAACAUCGAAGUAUGUUUGGAAUGAAUAUCUUCAAGAGUCAAUACGAUCACAAGUUCAUCCACGAUGGCUACUGUUUAUUGUGCACGGUGUCAUACUGCAAUAUAAUUUAAAUGUUUUCUGUCGUUCAAUCUAUUUAACAUUAAUUUGUCGGCGAUCACAAAAAUUUUCUGGAACGAGAUUUCUUAAACGUGGUGGAAAUUGUAAAGGUUUUGUAGCGAAUGAAGUUGAAACAGAACAAAUUCUUCACGAUGCUUCACUUUCAUCACUUGGUAAAAGUCAUUUUACGUCAUAUGUGCAAUUACGUGGCAGUGUACCAGCUUUUUGGAGCCAGGAUCCAAAACAAGUACCUAAACCACCUAUCGCUAUUGAUUUCAAUGAUCCAACAUACGUAGUAGCAUCACAACAUUUUCGACAAUUAUUCUAUCGAUAUGGUUCGCCGAUUCUUAUUCUCAAUCUUGUUAAAAAGCGUGAAAAGAAAAAACAAGAACAUAUUUUAUCCGAAGAAUUUUGUAAUGCUCUUGAUUAUAUAAAACAAUUUAUACCGGACGAAAAUGGAAUACAGUAUUUAGCAUUUGACAUGGCUCGUGCAAAUCGUUCAAAACAUCGACGUGUUAUGCCAAAGCUAGAUGAAAUAGCACGCCGAUAUUUACAACAAACGGGAUUUUUUCAAAAUUUUCCAUCAUUAGUCAAUGACAAACAAUAUUUUUAUGACAAGGAAAAUGCAGUUAAAUUAACACCAUACAAAACAUAUUUCGUGCAAACAGGUGUCGUACGAGUCAAUUGUGUUGAUUGUCUUGAUAGAACUAACACAGCUAUGUAUGCCGUAGCGAAAUAUGCACUUGGAUAUCAGUUAUUCGCUAUGGGUCUAACAGAUUCACCGCAUUUACAAGAAGAUUCUGCAGUUGAAUCAGUAAUAAAACAAUUAUUUGAACAUUCUGGUGAUAUUUUAGCACAACAAUAUGCGGGCAGUCAAUUAGUUCAUCGUAUCGAUACAUAUAAAAAAGUAACACCAGCAUGGUCAUCACAAUCUCGUGAAUAUGUGGCAACACUUUCACGUUAUUAUUCCAAUACCUUUUCAGAUGCGGAAAAGCAACAUGCAAUGAAUUUAUUUUUGGGUGUUUUUCAGCCAAAAAUAGGUCGACCACAUUUUUGGGAAUUAGCAAAUGAUUAUCAUUUGCACGAUCCACGCAUAAAAUUUGGUUAUAUACCGCCACACUGUACGAAUAUUCUGGGUGAUGAUAUAUGGUUUUCAUUACCAUUUUCAGCUGAACAAGUGUUAAAAUCGAAUAAGGAUUGUCUUGAAAUCAUUUCAGUUCAAAAAGGUGAUCCACUAAUAGAUGGUUUCAAUGAAUACUAUCGUCCUAAUGAAUUAACAGUAUUUGAAGAAAAAUUUGAGUGGAAUAUGGAUUCAACGAAUAAAGAUUUAGCGUAUAACUAUACGAAUAUUCGUGAAUUUACACCAUUUUCCAUUCGAGAAAAUAAGCAAAGAAAAACUCUUGCAAGUUUUAGUUAUGCGACAACAAUCGUAUGUUCUAGUCUUUCUGCUGAUGUUCAACAACGUGCACUUCUUCCUCCGUCAGCAUCAUUAUCUAAUCAAACUCAAAACUCAAAUCAAGAUCUAUCAUCUGAUGAAGAUAUACUAGACGAUACAGAUACAGAUGAAGAAAAUUUGAAAAAACAACUGCCAAUAACAAAUAAGAAGUCUCUAAAAUCAAAAUCGAUAAAUAAAGCAAUGAAUGAUGAUCUAAGCAAUAGUACGUUACAAGUAAAACGUCUUUUCAACAAAAUAUUCCCAACAACUAAUGAUGUAUAUGGCUUUCAUUUGGACGAUCCAUCGACGGAAUCAUUAAAUUCUUAUGAACAAUAUGCUAAAAUAGCAUUUGAUGCAUGUGCAUUACAAACAACACCAAUAACAAAUAGUCUGCAUGCCUAUGAAUUAUCUUUGUCAACCAAUCGAUCUAUGUCGUCAAGUUCAAGUUUUGAAAUUUUGCCAUCUGCAGUAAAUGAUCGAUCAAAAUUAGCUCAACAACAACAACAACAACAACAACAACAACAGCAGCAGCAGCACACAGAAGUAGAAUCCUUACAAAAAUCAUUAUUAUCAAUGUUUGAUGAACCUAUCGUGAGCGAUGCAGCUAUUCGAAUUUAUGAACGAUGUGUAGCUGCAGGCCAUCAAGGCGCUUUUGAACCGUCAGAUGCUGAUCGUAAAUUCUAUGAAGCACACGUAGCUUCUUUAUCGAUUACUGUUCAGUCAUGA